GGGAAAUGUAGUUUAAAAAAAAAUAAAGAUUACCCGAAAUGCAACAGCACAUUAAGGAAACACCAGGCGGGGAAUAGGAAAAGUAGCACCAUGCGAGAGUUAAUCCUGCGAUAUUUGACAGCUUUAAACAUCUAAAAAAUACAAUUAAGGGAUGCGAAAACAUAAAACUACAUCUGAAGAGUUCAGGGUUUAACUAUAGUGUUAUUUGGAGACGCCGACAUUGUUUUAUUGUGUUUUAACCGCGGGAUUUGGCCCUCACAUGGGCAUCUUUCAAAGCUAGCCUGUUAGCUGGGUUGCUAGGUUGCGUCUUCAUGAGUUGGUGUUGAAUGUGUGCCUCUUAAAGACAACAUGUCUGGCUUUAACUUUGGAUCAGGGGCUCUUGGUGCCGCCAACACUGGAGGGGGAUUCGCAUUUGGAGCCGCAGCCAGUGCACCUGCGGCCAAUGCUGGUGGCUUCUCUAUGGGGUCUGCUCUGGGUACAGCAGCCGCAACACUUUCCGCCGCCACCAGCACUACCCCAUCUCUUGGUCUGGGAGGCAGUCUCUUUGGUCAGAAACCUACUGGAGGAUUCUCUUUCAACACACCUGCCUCAAGCGCUGUUGCACCUACCACAGGCCUUACAUUAGGUGCCCCAGCUGCUACAAAUGCGGCCACUGGCUUUAGCUUGGCCUUCAACAAGCCAACCGCCUCAGCAACACCCUUCUCCCUCACCAACACUUCCACCUCCUCAGCAGCCCCUGCAGGGGCAGGUUUAUCAUUUGGCUCUGUCCUGACAUCCAUAGCUCCACAGCAGCCUGCAGCAACAGCCUUCACCCUUGGUCUUGGUCUUGGUGGCGCAACAACCACCACAGCACCAGCCUUAACAGGCCCAUCACUGGGCGCGAGUCUCUUCGCCAACACUUUAUCUGCAGGUUUGGGUCAGACCGCUCUUGGAGUAGGUGGCGGGUUAACGUUGGGUUCUCUGUUAGCUGCCUCCACAGCAGCAACAGUAGCUCCUGCCCCCAGUGUUGGCCUGGGUGGAGUCGACUUUAGCACUUCCUCUGAGAGUAAGAGCGACACAUCCUCUGGAGCCAAUGCAAAGGACAGUAAAGCUUUGAAAGAUGAGAACCUGCCCCCAGUUAUUUGUCAAGACGUUGAGAAUUUCCAAAAAUUUGUGAAAGACCAGAAACAGGUUGAGGAGGACAUCAGCAGGAUGUCAUCUAAGGGCAUUUCUAAAGUCCAAGAUGACAUCAAGAGCCUCAAACAGCUUCUCUCCGUCAGUGCCAGCGGUCUGCAGCGCCAGGCUCUGGCCAUCGACAAGCUAAAGCUGGAGACAGCGCAGGAGCUGAAAAAUGCUGACAUAGCACUGCGCACACAAAAGACUCCCCCUGGACUUCAGCAUGAGAACACUGCUCCAUCAGAUUAUUUCCGUAGCCUGGUAGAGCAGUUUGAGGUGCAGUUGCAGCAGUACCGGCAGCAGAUAGAAGAACUCGAGAACCACCUGACAACGCAGAGCAGUGGCUCCCACAUCACUCCUCAGGACCUGACCUUAGCCAUGCAGAAGUUGUACCAGACAUUUGUUGCACAGGCUGCCCAGCUCCAGUCUGUUCAUGAGAAUGUCAAGAUCUUGAAGCACCAGUACCUUUCCUACCGCCGGGCCUUCCUGGAAGACUCGACGGACGUCUUUGAGUCCAAACGGGCAUCUAACAGGAAGUGGCAGAGUACGCCGCGAGUCACGACCGGGCCCGCCCCGUUCUCCAGUGUGCCCAACGCUGCAGCGGUUGCCAUGGCAGCCACGUUGACCCAGCAACAGCAGCCAACUCCAGGAUGUUAGAGCAGGUAUAUGAGGCUGACAUUAUUGAAGAAAUUAUAUGAUGGGAGAAAAAAGUCCAGCUAUCUCAAUUUUACUCGCUUGUAUCUUGAAGUUAUAAUUGAAGCUUCUGAAUUUCAUUUGAGGUAGGACUAUUUAACGGAUGCUUGAAAUGAGCCUACUCUAUGAAGGUUGUCAUGUGAUGGGUUAAACGCAUUAGACACCUGCUGUGUGAUUUAGAUAUACCUGGCAAACAUUGCGUCUGUUGAUGUUUUGUUUUAAGAUUGCGUCUGGGUGAUCAGUUGGUGUAUAAGGUAUAUAUAUUUAUUAUAAUGUAGCUCCUACUCUCUUCAGUCCAACUGUCGAGAGGUCUCUUCGACGUAGGGAAGCUCCAAUUGAUCAGACGCCAAGUGGCAUCAGUUUACACUGAAAAUACAGUACUGUUGAACAUUUUUAAGAACAGAAUUUCUAUAAAGAUUGUAUCGCCAUUUCAUUUUCACUGCUUCUCUUGUUCAGGGUCUUACCAAUAAUAGGCCCAGUUUAGGCCAAGACUGACAUUUAGAAGUAACCCUACUCCUAAAUAAUUAAACUAAAGGCCUACAACAACUUGUAUUAAAAAAAAGCCAGUCCUAUUUAUUAAUAAAAAACAAAUGUAAAAUAUAUUCCUUAAAUAUUAACUAUCAUACCACGUGUUAAAUUAUUUCCAUCUUCUGCCAGUAAAAACAAAUAUAUUUAUAUAGAUUAUUCUACACAGUAUUAAUAUCCAGCGUAAGCAGACAGGUGAAGACUGAUCUUUUUAUUACACAUAACUGCUGCUUACUCACAGAUUGGCGUUGUGUUUGGGAAAUUUACAUUUUUUUAGGACUUGUAUCUCAAAAAUACCUAAAUAAGCCUGCACACUAAUGAUAUAAAACCUAAUCAAGCAAGUCGUAUUGUUUCAGUCUCAAUGGCACACAAAUUCACUUUUAUUAAAAACAUUUUACAACUAUAUUACGAGUAAUGUCCAUAACGGUUGUUGCCACAUCUCUGAGGUGUUAAACAAUUAUUCAGCCUUUUUUGUAGGCUUUGGUUUGUAGGCCGUUUUUACUGGCAUAUCAGGGCACUCACUUACUAUGAACAAACUAAGCUACUAUGUAUAUUAGCAUGUUGCUACUGUUUUUUUGUUUUCUUGUAAAGUGUAGUAAAGAAGUAAUUUCAAAAUUUUGAAAGCAAUAUUUUAAUUGGAUGGAGUUGCAAAGGCAGCAUGGUUUAAAAAAUCCUCACAUGGAAAAAUUACAAGAAAUUUCAGCUUAAGUCUGGUUUCUUUGAAAAGUUCUGCUGCCUCCUUUUCACCAAAAUCAUCAAUUCUGCUUCAACUGCCAUCAGAUCCAAUAAUUGCCAUUUGUUACCCAGACAAUGAAUGUGACUUAAUUUUUUUAGUUAGAACAUUCACAUACCUUUUGACCUCUUAUCGGGACAUGCAGGAGCUAUUCUGAAUAAGCAUUUAGCUUAUUUAAAUAUGUGCCAAGUAGGGAUGGGAAUAUUUUACCAGUCCAUUGCUUAAAAAGCCCUUCACAAACAAGCCCUGUUGCCACAGUAGGUUAAAUCCACUUAUGUGGUAGAAGUGCACACUACUACCUUGGUGCCUGCUGAAGAUUUUUUUUGUGCGUUUCCAUUUUUAUUUCAUAUAAAGCCAAAUCAAUUUUUGAUAUUUUUUUGUGAUCAUCUGUUUAUUGUAACCCUGUGUUCUCUGGGUAUGCUAGCUGUCUAAAAAGGCUGCAUUGCGCUGUAACUUAUUUCUAACUCAUAGCUUUGCAAAUCUGUUAACCCCAGAUGUUGGGUACUAGGUUACUUUUUUUUAAUGUCAAUGAUGAUAUUUAGUAAAGUUGCCAUCCCCAUUGCCAAAAUAGUGUUUAUUCACUAGUAUUUGACUCAUAGACGGAGCCUAAUCACAAGUGGUUGUCUUGGUCUCGUCAGUAUUUAUUUACCUAUUUAUUUCUAUUUUAUUUUUUUUGUUUAUGCGUGUGUAACGUAAUCUGUUAUUGGAAUGGCAUAGUGGCUUGCGGCCAGUAUCACAGCAUUUACAACACUAACCAUGCGGCUGGGCGGCGCUCACUUCAGGCAGAUUCUCGUUUGACCCAUAUACUUGUCGGUGCGGUGGUUGAUUGUGUAGGCCAGGAUCAGAUUUGUGCCUCAAUGGGACAUAAGGUGAAAGGUGCCAAAAGACUCAGGACUGAAAAUAUAAACUAUUGAAUUACCUGAACUGUUAAGCUAAGAUAUUGUCUUUUCCAUUUUCUGCGCUUACUCUGUCUUAAAGUGGAAGGGAUGCUGAUAACCUUCUAAAAAUAGCCCUGGUCUUUGUCACCUAUUGCUGGCCUAAAUGAACAGGUGAGCUCAGUGUUUGUAUACAAUCAAGUGUUGUGAACAAAGAGACGUUGAAGGUUCAGACAUUUACAUUACGGAUAGUCAAGUCAAAACACUGGCAAAAAUAGUCUGCAUUAACUUGCUGUUCAAUACUACAUCUGGUUGGUUUGGUUGUAUGUUACUUGAUUUAAGCUAUUUCACCUAAGGGCUACUGUCAGCGUAACAGGACUGCUGGAUCAUUUCACAUUCAGUUCAAUUAAAAAUGAAAAUGUAGAGUAAAAGUGCUGUUAACAAGUCGUAAUUUCAGGGAGACAAGUUUCUUGAGAAACGUGUGUAGAAAAAUCUACUUUCUCGUUGAUUUCAUUGAUUGAGUCCAGUUUUUUUCUGGUAGUUCAGAAGAGAAGAAUGAUUUUUUGCUGCUCACACUGGUCCUUCACUACCAGUAAGAUACAUUGGUGCCAAACGAAACAGACGGAUCAGCGUGAUCCGGUUGUAUGUCCACAUCUCUUUAUUGCGUGGGGUGUUAUUUCCCACCGUUUUAUGAUGAAAGGAUACAGUCUGGCUUGAUAUUGAGUUAUACUGAUUGAGAUACUAGUGAGCAUUUUUUGGCACUCAGAAGAGUGAGGACAAUUAAAUGUUAAUCUGUUCUGAUAUAAACUAGUCAGUUAACUCUCCAGCACUUACCUGUAUGUUGCCGCUAGCAACAGUGGUGCUCGGUGACCCCAACCUAGUUGAUUCUUUAUUGAUGGAGCCGCUGCGUGUUGAGAGAGAAACUGCUGCUUUGGACAUUCCAGUCCUCCUGUUAAACAACUCUAAACUUUUUUGUAGGAUUGAGAUACAGUUUUUGGGCCGAGCUGCGACGUCUGCUAGAUUCCCAAGUUUCUCCAGAGUUUUGACUUUGUGUAACUUAGCUUAACAUAGUCUUCCACAUCUCUACAGACAUUACUUGGCACAAUAAUGACAAUAAAAUGAUGUAAUAAUUUAUUGGUCUGUCAAAAGCUGUUUGGACCUAGAAAACGUGAUGGUGGACAUAUUAGCCAACUUAUUCCUGUAUGUUAGGUAUCUGCUCAGUAUCUGUCAGUAUUAUGUAUGCAAAUGCUGACUGCUGUAUUUUUCUUGAAUGCCAUUAGUGAAGGAAUUGAAAAUGUGAAUUUUGUAUUUUUUUUGGAAUGGUUGGCACAGUAACUAGCACCACAAUUUGCCUACAGUGCUCAACUCAACGUGAGUUCUUCUGAAACUCAAUGAUUCAGAAUUGUGUGUAUAUGGUAUUUUUACUUUUUUUUUCUGUGUGAUGAGCUUCAGCACAGCAGUUCUCUAAAAAAUGGACCCGAUUAGUUGAAAAUCAGAGUCCGGUCUUUUGAGUUGUUGGCUGUCGGACUGUUUUGAAUGUUCUUAUUCUCUCUUAAUCAUUUCCUUUUGACCAUUUAUAGUAUGCUUACAUUAUGCUUUUUUGUAGUGGUUUUUCUAUAGGCGGUACUACUCAUGCAGGAUGUGUUUUUGGGGGGUGGGGAGGGGGGGGUCUUUGCGAUCUCUGACGAGCUAUACAUUCGCUAAUGUUGAUCUGAAAAUUAGACUGAAUCUCUUUUUAAUAUGUUAACCAGUCACCUCACCUAGGUCAGACUUGAUCCAGCAAAGAAAAGUGUUUGUAGCCUGUAAUCACGUGUAGAUUUAUCCAAGGUGCAGCUUUUUGUGUUUAGAAAAAACAACCACCAACCUUAUUAUAUAACAAUACACUGGUGAAAAGUGUUCAAAGUACCACGGAUGGUCAUUCAAUUCCUGCUGGAAGGAUGGCCCGAAACUUGACCACAUUGACUUCCACAGGCGAACUGUAACAUAUCACUGAGUUUCCUUUAUUUUGACCAGUUUACACUGAGAGGCAGCCGUAGAUGCCAAAAUUCACAUUUCUUAUCUAAAUCUCGAGUGCUUUUGACUUGUAGAUGAAUGUGUUUAAACUUAUAUAACCAAUGCCUGUUGAUAACAGUAUAUUUAAUAUAUAAUAUGGUGUGCCUUUUUAAGCUAUAUUCAAUAAUUGUGUGAUGCUUUUUUUUUUUUUUUUUUUGGCAUAUGCUAGUUCAUUCACUCUCAGAAAUCUUGAAAAUUUGGAAACUUGUCAAAUGCAGUAGCAGUUAGCAAUUAACAAUCAAUUAUGUUCUAAACUGUUUGUUUGUGUUUUAUGUAAGUGGAAUUGCAUAUUAAAUUGACAAUAAAUCAAUUUUUAAACAAAGAAACGUUUGUCCUUGUUUCUUUUUCGACUCAAGUUGUUUUAACAAUGCAGACUAAUUGGAAGCCUUACAAAAAAAUUUGAUUACAUAAAAGAAAAACAAAUUGCAUAGAGGAAAAAAAAAAGACAAGUUUCUGAGUGAAAGAACUAGCAGCAUUUACGUGAACUGUACUACUGAUUAGCUGGAAUGUUGUAGUUUAACAUUUAUAAAGUACAUAAACUGUAAAA